AUGACAGACUCUGGCCCGCCGUGCGUGAGCAUCGCAGCCGAAGCCGAAGGGGAGGUAUCCGACGCAUCCGACUCUGACGGGGAGGUUUUUGAGGCGGUUGAGGAUUCCAAAGACUUGGAGGAAGGCGAGGUUGCCGAGCUCGAAGAGACUGCUUCAGCUCCAGCCCUGGAGCCUGGAGAAGUGGAAGAGGCUGAGGCCGAAGAGAGCGACCCCACGGAACCGGAGGAAAGUGAGGAGGAAGGGAAUGAAGGGAGCCAAAGCGGCGAGGAGGGCAAGGAGGGCAGUACAAAACAGUUGGCUGAGGAAAGUGGGGAGGUCACGGAAACAGAAGCGGCCGCUGCGGCGGAGUCCUCUUCGGACGGUGAGUGCGAAGAGGCUGCCCAAGGCUCACCUCCUUCCAAGAGUGAGCAGGCCAAGGAUCGUGGACUGCACCCGCCCAACGAGCUGCCGUGCGAGUCGCCAGCUUCUCGCCGAAGAUCACCGAAAGCCCGGAAUACAUCAAGGCGCCAUGCAAAGCGACCUCGCAGUCCCAGCUGGCAUGGAAGUCGUGUGCGUGUGGCGAAUCGCAAGAGGCUACCGAGGCGAUCGGAGUGGGCCGGUACUCGCAUCGAGCUCGGCCUCUCCCCUCGUCAUCGCUCAAGCUCGAGCCGCAGCCGCAGGAGGACAAGGUCUCGAAGGCGCGAUUCCAGGACUUUGAGACCGAACUUGAGGCAAGGGCAAAGCAAGUGGGACGUGAGGCCAGAUCCCACGAAUCCUGACCAGAAGCCGCUGAAGCGCUUGGUGGAUCCCACCGCAAAUGGAAAGAAGCGCCGGGAGCUGUACGUCGGCAAUCUCCCGCAACAUAAGGUGGAUGAGCCCAUGCUGCGACAAGCCUUCAACCGCCUUUUCUUAUCGCUUCCCAGUUUCGUGGAGAGAUACCCAGACAUUGUCGACGUCGUACGUUCCCUUUACUUCCCGCCGAAGGGCGAAGGGAUGUUUGCAUUUGUGGAGUUCGUGGAUGAUGUCCUCACAACGACUGCUAUGCAGAUGAGUGGGUUCGAGCUUCAGAACAGGUCCAUCAGGAUUGGACGGCCGCAGAGCUACGAGCCGCCGCACGAUGGAGAGCUCGCAGGCCUUGAUGUUCAGCCUCUUCGUGAAAAGGGGCUGUUGCCUGCGGCGCCUCCCGGAGAAGGGAAAGAGGCCAAGGAAGGGGUCGCGAAUGUCCUUCGUGAAGUGUACUUCGGAAACCUGGCCACUGGGAUGGUGGACGAGGAGGUUAUGCGCGAACUGCUCCAGCCGGCAGCAGUUGAAGUCCCUGAAUUUGACCCAGACUUGGGCCCAGCAAUUUGCAAGGUCACCAUUCCACAGCCUGGGAACUAUUGCUUCGUCCUGUUUCAGAGUGCUGCUGUUGCCACCCGCAUGAUCUCCAUCUUUGACGAGACAGAGCUUUUCGGUCGCAAGAUCCGAGUUGGACGUCCGAGCAAGUACGCCGUCACCGUCAACGAAGCUCACGGCCAGCUCUCCUUGCCCCCCUUGCCGCCUCCGAGCACUUCGGUCGUGCCUCCGCCGGCUCCGUCGGCUGUCCCGUUGGCGCCACAUUUGCUCAAGGCUGCGAAUGCUGAACUGGUGGCUGAAUUGGCAUCAUGUCGCUGA